UUGGGGGUGAAAUGAUCGGCUCCGCCCUGGGGUCCCCCCAAAACCUGGGCUACGGCCCCGGCAGCAGCCCCCAGAUGAACUCGACGGUGCCGCUGGCGCUGGGGGGCGGCUCCGAGGACGUGAAGCCCCCGCUGGGAAUUCGGGGUCCCCCCAUUCCCAACAAUCCCAACAUUCCCAAUAAUCCCAACGUUCCCAACGUUCCCAAUAUUCCCAAUAUUCCCAAUAUUCCCACCAAUCCCUGCGCCCCCCACGGCCCCGGGAAGCGCCUGUGCGCCAUCUGCGGGGAUCGCUCCUCCGGUGAGCGGCGGGAAAAGGGCGGGAAAAGGGCGGGAAAACGGCGGGGGAACGGCGGGGAAAUGGCGGGAAACAGCGGGGAAACGGCGGGGAAAUGGCGGGAAAACGAUGGGGAAACG